AAGCAAAGACUUUUCAAAUUUGGCAGUACAUCCAAGACUUUACUGUCUGCUAAGCUUUUGAUGAAAGCUUAAUCUGCAUCUAUAUAAAGCCCCCGCUUCUGCUCUCUCUUUGCACAACAAUUAUAAUUAACCCACCAUGGCUGGUUUUGCUUCUUUCUCUUGUGUGCUUUUGAUUUCUUCAGUUCUGCUGGCUUCCUACGCUUGUGCGUCGGAGGUGGAACUAGACUAUGCGUCUAUUCCUAUAGAGACGGGACUCUCAUGGGAUUUCCACGACUCUAGCUGUCCUAAGCUUGAAUCCAUCAUCAGAAAAGAGCUCAAGAAGAUCUUCAAGAAAGACAUUGGCCAAGCCGCCGGCUUGCUGCGUGUCCAUUUCCAUGACUGCUUUGUUCAGGGAUGUGAUUCGUCGGUGUUGCUGGAUGGAUCAGCCAGUCGUCCAAGUGAGCAGGACGCGCCUCCGAACGUGUUCUUGAGAGCAAAGGCAUUUGAGAUCAUCGACGACCUUCGUGAGCUUGUCCACAAGAAGUGCGGUCGGGUUGUAUCUUGCUCUGACAUCACUGCCCUUGCUGCGCGUGACUCUGUUUUCCUGUCAGGAGGUCCCGACUACGAGGUGCCACUAGGAAGGAGAGAUGGGCUAUCCUUCGCUACACAGGAGGCAACGCUGCAGAAUCUUCCCUCGCCUCAAAACAACACCGCAAUCCUUAUCGACGCUUUGGCCCUCAAAAAUUUGGACGCCACCGAUUUGGUAGCCCUCUCCGGCGGCCACACAAUUGGGCUGGCCCACUGUUCCGCUUUUAUUGAGCGGCUCUACCCAACUCAAGACCCUACCAUGGACAAAUCUUUUGCCGCAGACCUCAAAAAGGAUGUUUGUCCCACCACAGAUUCCAACAACACCACCGUGGAGGAUAUCCGGACGCCCGACAAGUUCGAUAACAAGUACUACGUUAACCUCGUGAAUCGGCAGGGGUUGUUCACGUCUGACCAAGACUUGUACACCGAUAGCAGGACAAAGGACAUUGUCACUAGCUUUGCUGUCAACGAGCAUCUCUUCUUCGAGCAGUUUGCCAAGUCGAUGAUUAAAAUGGGGCAAUUGACCGUGUUGACGGGCAAUGCAGGGGAGAUUCGUGCCAAUUGCUCGGUGAGGAAUGCUGAUAAUGUCAAGCUGAUCAAAACUGUGGUGGAAGAAGAGGAAGCUGCUGAGUUGUAAGGGUGUUUAUGAACAUGUCUGUAACCUAUUUUAUGUAUUUCUUUUUCUAAUAAGGGGGGAAUUAUGAGUUGUUUAAUUAUUAUGUGUUUUAGACUUUGGAACGAGUAUAUUUCUUGUUUAAUGUUAUAACUUUUGCUUCA